AUGGACAUCAAGUUUUUAGCUUUACGUGAUAAAGGGACCCUAGGAGGCCAGAUCUAUAGUUUUGAUGCAUUAAUACCCAUUGUAAUCGACUGUAUAGUUUUGGACAAAGAAGGAAUCGUACGUUCAUGCACUACAGCUAAAGAAAUAUGGGAUAGUUUGAAAGAAUUAUAUUCAACUGAUGAAGAUCUAGAGCACUCGAUCCAAACCUUGUUGCUCUCUGAGUUCAGUGCUUUCGAACAAAAACCUGAUGAGAAACUCAUUCAGACAUUCGACCGUUUCAACCAUUUGCUUAGCAAGAUGAUGAAGCAUGGAAUUGGAAGGAAAGUGAUCGAACAAAAGGUUACCUUUAUGAAUGGGUUAAGACCCGAAUGGAUGGUUGUGGUCUCGACUGUAAAGGCACAUGAGCAAUUUAAGUCCUACUCGCUGGCGAAACUAAUGGGUAUAUUCAAAUCUCAUGAAAGCGUGGUGACUAAGGAAGCGAAGGUAGUUUCGGGUGUGGGUUCUCUGGCCGUUGUUUCUAAGAACAAGAAUGUAGUAGAUGAAGAAGAAGAAUCUGAUUUGUUAGAAUGCGAUUUGACUAAUGAAGAAUAUGCAAUGAUGGGAAGCUAUAGCUUUGAAAAGACGAAGGAGGAGAACAAGAACACUACUCAGAAGGACGAUGAGGAGAAGGAGAGAAAGCUUGUGGGAGAUUCAGGAUAUGAAUGCAACUAUUGUCACGGCAAGAACCACUUCGUUAAGGAUUGCAUGCUAAGAAAGAUGUCUAAGAAAAGGGAGGGUGAAGAUGACAAAGAAUACUACAUGCGAAUAUUGGAGGAGAUAAAGAUAAAGAAAUCAACUAACGUUUCUAUGAAUGCUUUGAUUGUGAAGGAACAUGUUAUUGAUGAUGAGUUUGGCGGAGUAGAAGUCUGGUCUACAGACUCUGAAGAUGAAGAGGUUAUCAAUGACGAGCAGUUUGAUGACGAAUGGUAUAUUGACAGUGGCUGCUCUCAUCACAUGACAGGUAGGAGGGAAGAGUUAAGGGAGUUUCAGUCCCUUAAGGAUGGUGGUUGUGUAAAAUAUGGAAACAACUCAUUUGGAACGAUCAAAGGAAAUAAGAUGAUUACAAACGGUGAAUUUUCGAUUCGUAAAGUAGCUUACGUGGAAGGACUGCAACAUAAUCUAAUAAGCGUCUCUCAACUAGUUGUGUUAAAAUCCUUGCGCAAAAGCGAGAUGUAUCCUCUGAAUCUCAACCCAAUAAGAGGAAAGCCUGUUGUAUGCCUGCUAACAAAGGCGAACUCAGAAGAAAGUUGGUUGUGGCAACAAAGACUCUCGCACCUGAACUUCAAAGAUAUCAAUAAACUGGUUCUUGGGGAUCACAAAUCAGAGGCGACUCCCAAGCUGACGGUUUUUUAUCAAGCAAGUUGA